AUGUUCUGUCUCAGAAGUUGGCUGCCUCUCCUUUUCAUCCCCACGAACGCCAGCCCCUUAUUCAUCCUCUCCUUCAUAACCCUCACAUACCUCCUCCACCGACCAUGCAUCUACUGCUCUGCUCUCCUUCUGGUUCUCUUCCUCUCCUCAUGCCACUGGUCAGAUCGCUGUUUCUUCGAUUUCAGAGGUGACUGGUUUGCCCCUCGCUUCUCCACUCCAACCUCCUCCAAACCAGAACAUUCCGCAUCCGGAUUGACCGAAUAUGUCCUGGAGACCGUGAACACCACGGCCACAGCGUUGGCUGGCGCUGCAGUCGAUGAGAUGAAGAAACAUUUCGCUCCUAAUAAUGGGACCGGGGCGGAGGGCGAUUCGCGUUUGGAAUGGACGGGUAUCGGUCUGGAAUGGCUGCGGAACCUCCUUGGACGGAGGGAGUGGACGUUGCCGUGCGUCGAUGUGAAGGUCAGGCUUUGA